UCGAAUGGCGACCGUGAAUCCAGGCAAUCGCUUUGGGCCGCGCGCUGUCCGCCCAAAGGCGCCAGAGUACGAGCGCGAGGAAGAGAUCUGCCGCGCGUUCAUCUCCGACUUCACCUCCAACGACCAGGGCGUCGACAAGUUCAAGUACAUGGCGCAGCUGCAACAAAUUGCCGACCGACAGCAAAAGCUCUUGAUCAUCGACCUCGAGGAUGUCAGCACGUUCGACGCUGACUUUGCGACACGCAUUGAGAGCAACACGGCUCGGUACCUCAAGAUCUUUGCCGAGACCAUCGACAAGCUGAUGCCGCCACGCUCGGCGGAGGCACACGCCUCAAGCCUGAAUGUCGACCCGAUUGAAAUCUUCAUGGAGCAGCGCAUUGCUCUGCGCGAGAACAAUAUGGACGCUGCGAACGGCACGGUCGAUCCCAACAAGCGCUGGCCGCCAGAGCUUCUGCGUCGGUUUGAGGUGCACUUUGGCGCGCGCGACAAUGCCAAGCAGCUGGCCAUUCGCCAGGUGCGUGCGAAUGAGAUUGGCCAUCUUGUGCGCGUGCGUGCGAUUGUGACGCGCACGACCGAGGUCAAGCCGUUGCUUCGCGUCGCCACCUACACGUGCGACAAGUGCGAUACAGAAAUCUACCAGGAGAACACGGGCGCGAGCUACAUGCCGCUCAUCACAUGCAUCAGCCCAAGCUGCAUCCAGAACGGCACGUCGGGCAACCUGUUCAUGCAGACACGCGGCUCCAAGUUUGUUAGUUUCCAGGAAAUCAAAAUCCAAGAGAUUGCCGAGCAGGUGCCCGUCGGUCACAUUCCGCGCACAAUGACAGCCCAUGUCCGGGGCGACCUGACGCGCAUGUGCUCGCCCGGCGACAUUGUCAUUCUCGACGGCAUCUUUAUGCCCGCGCCGUACACUGGCUUCCGAGCAAUGCGCGCUGGUCUUCUUUCCGACACGUAUCUGGACGUGCAGACCAUCACGCGCACCAAAAAGACAUACGAGGAGGACGCCAUUCUGACGCCCGAGCAAAUGGAGGAGAUGGAGGCGCUUCGCAUGGAGCCCAGUCUCUACGACAAGCUCGCCAGUUCGAUUGCGCCUGAAAUCUACGGGCACGACGAUGUCAAGAAGGCGCUGCUGCUGCUGCUUGUCGGCGGCGUCAACCGCAACAUGUCCGACGGCAUGCGCAUUCGCGGCGACAUUAAUGUUUGCUUGAUGGGCGAUCCCGGUGUGGCCAAGUCGCAACUCUUGCGCUUCAUUUCCACCGUGUCGCCACGAGGUGUGUACACGACUGGCAAGGGCAGCUCGGGCGUCGGUUUGACCGCCGCUGUGACCAAGGACCCUUUCACUGGCGAGCUGGUGCUGGAAGGUGGUGCCCUUGUCCUGGCUGAUAAGGGUGUUUGCUGCAUUGACGAGUUUGACAAGAUGGAGGAGGGUGAUCGUACCGCCAUUCACGAGGUGAUGGAACAACAAACCAUUUCCAUCGCCAAGGCAGGCAUCACCACCACGCUCAACGCCCGCACGUCCAUUCUCGCUGCUGCAAAUCCGGCCUACGGCCGCUACAACCUGGCCAAGUCUGCGGCCGCCAACAUCAAUCUCCCCGCUGCCUUGCUUUCCCGCUUUGACCUGAUGUUCUUGCUGCUCGAUCGAGCAGACCAAGACGACGACCACCGUCUGGCCAAGCACAUUACAUACGUGCACCAGCACUCCAAGCAUCCUCCGCUGCAAAUGGAUCCGUUGAGUCCUCAUCUCUUGCGGCAAUAUGUGGCUCAAUCGCGCAUGAGAAAUCCAAUCAUUCCUCGAGAAUUGAGCGACUAUAUUACGGGUGUCUACACGGGCAUGCGGCUCGCUGAUAGUGUCCACGGAGCUCAUCGUAGCACUUUGACGACAGCUCGUACAUUGUUGGCCAUUCUUCGCUUGUCCACGGCGCUGGCUCGCUUGCGGAAUGUGGAUGAAGUUUCGUCCGACGACGUCGACGAGGCCACUCGAUUGAUGGACUCGUCCAAGGUGUCACUGGAAGAGCGCCACCGAACUAAGAAUCCUGAUCAACAAAAGAUUGAUUUGAUUUUCGAACUCGUCCGCGAUCUGCCGCGCCUCAAGCCCACCGUUGUUGGCUAUGAGGCCGCCCGCGCGGCUGUUCUGCGACGAGGAUUCCAUGAUGCGGAUUUCGAGCAGUUCCUUGUCGAGUAUGAGGAGAUUGGUGUGGUUGCGCUCGGCUCUGGCGGCACCGAAAUCCGAUUGAUGGCGUAAAACAAAAAACGCUCGGCAUGGUGCGUUUCGCCUCUCGUCCUUGUACAAAACAAAAAGCUGUUCUUUCGACCUGUGGGCCUUCAUUCUGUUGACUCUUCCCUUGUCCUUUGUUUCCCCCCCCCCCCUCUUGAUGAUGAUGAUGAUGACUGUCUUCGAUUAACGUUGUGUUCUUAAUACCAAUUUUUUUUCCAUUCG